UAAACAUUCAAUUGUAAACUCUUUAAUUCUUUUUAAUGCGAUUUUAUCUGAGGUAAUAUCGAAAUAUUUGAUUUUUUUAUAAAAUUUAUAUAGUAAUUGAAAAAGAGAUAACAUAUGGAGAUAACUAAAACUGAAUUACAAGAUUCUAAAAUUAAUCCUGAAGAUGUUUGGAAAGAAUUUAAUUGUCCAAAAUAUGUUACCCAUCUUUGUUUUAAAACUGAAAAAUUACCAAAAGAAGUAUUUGAUUUUGAUAGACAAUUAAAAUUAGACACACAUCGAAUUCUCCAAAAAUUAGAUGAACUUAUAUCUGAUCCUGUAACAAGAGAUACAAGUGUACUUCGUAUAUGUAGACUUUUAUUUGAUUUCCUUAAUGAAGUAGGAGAUGAUGGUUAUAAAAUUAAAGAUUUGCCAUUGAUAAUAAAAGUAUUAAAAUUUUUGGCUGAAAAUGUUAAAACGGUUGAAGAAUAUAAGUUACAUCUUAAUAGAAUGUUGGAACUUUGUAAUAUUCCACCUUUGUUAGAAAAAUCAUCUGAUAGUUUAAUUCUUGAUGACAUAAUGGAACAGUAUUUUACAUUGUUAGGACAUCUUCUUAUAAUCUUGCCAACUGAACACCAAAUAUUAAAGAUUCAUAGAAUUCUUCAUUCUUUGUUAUUAAAAACAGAAAUAAAAAAUAGUGCUGCAGUAAAAUUUGAACAUUGCCGUAAAGCAAUGGAAAAAUCUAAAUUGCCAAUAAUUAUAGCUGAAUUAUUACGUACCUCUUAUUUAAAGAUGUAUGAAAAAAUUUUACAAUUAGUUUUCUUAUUAUCAUCUAUCUCUUAUGAAAGUUGCUAUAAAAUGCUAGAAGCUAAUAUACUCAAUACCAUACUUAUUAGAAUGGAUCUUCCUUUUGCAACUCAAAUACAUUGCAAACAUCCACCUGAUAUGUUAUUAAAAGGAAAUGAAUACAGUGAUGAAACAAUUCUUUUGAUAAUGAAUAUAUUAUGGAGCUUGAUGAAAUCUCUUACAUUUUCUAAUGAAAAAUUAAUUAAUUUAAAAAAAAAUUUAAUACCAACUCAUUGUGCUUUAUGGUAAUAUUUUCAAAUAUAUUAAUUUAUGUAUAUUAUAUUAUAUUAUAAAAUUUAUGUUAUAUAGG